UCUCCCCUGUGCUUUGUGCUGUCAUUUACAACUAUGUACCCUGGAUGUAAAAUGCUACCAAAGAAGAAGACACAGGUGUAAAUGACUACACAAGGUGUAAGGCUGGGCAGAACCGGGCCCGGGAUGCUGAGGGUGGCUUCGCUGAUACCAGAUAUGGGAUUCAACAGGUAAGCAGAGAGAUGGUGAGUACAGCGGUCCAGUGCAAGAGGACACAAGUGCCAGCCCUGGAAAAGGGAGAUUUUCCAAGGCACAAAGGGCAGUUCAACACCCAAUUCUCAGGGCUGGUUUACACUGGGAAUUGACAGUGGCAUAACCACAUCGUUCUGAGGUGAGAAUUCGUCCGUUGACCUAGCUACCACCUCUUGGGGAGGUGGAGUACCUACGCCAAGGGGAGAACCCCUCCAGUAGAUAGUGUCUACACUGAAGCGUGACAGCAGUCCUGCUGUAGCAUUUCAAGUGUAGACAAGCUUUCAGUGGGAACUGGGCACCGAAUUCAUUUAUACCUUUGAAACCAGCUCCCCAUUUUGCAGUAAAGGAGGAGCUUUCUCCAGGAACUCAGUGUUAUUCAAUGGAAUUCACCCUUCAGGGCAGGCAGCCCCUUUUGGCCCAGAGAAAUUUCCAUGAGCAGUGGUUGCAACCCCAGGAGGCUCCGUAGUAAAGCAGUCUAGAGAGUUCCAUGCUUUGCACUAGAGUGCAGCAUGCUUGGGCUCAUGUGAAAUCAACAGAGCUGUGUGCAUGGAUGUAUUUCCAGGCCACAGACCACCGUUUCCCAUUAGGCUUUAAGAUUUUGACAAGUGCUUAAACGUGUGCUGGAGACCCCAGAUUAAUACUUACUUUGCCUUCGUUAGCCAGGGUUGGUAGCGCAGACCCAUAGAGCAUGUGUGAUCAGCACAACUUUAACAAACUGCUGGGCCAGGCCUGAUGCUCUGGGUUUGACAUCAGAGUUUUCCUUCUCCUGGGACCUCAGAUCAGCCCAGGAAAAAUAAACACUUCCUAUAGCUAGGAGAGAACAGGCAGUUAUAACGAUUUCCACAGCAACUGGAAGCAAUGCCACAAACAAAAGAUUAUUUGAGACGUUAGAUGGGGGGGAAAGCCUGAGGAGCAGAUGUUGAAUAGGCAAAAGAAACCUUGGCCAAUGUGCAUGGAAGUGGGGUAAUAAGCUCGCUCCUACUGCUGGGGCCAAGAUGAAAGGAGACCCUUAUAAACAAAACUUGCCAAAAAUCCUACAGCCUCCAACAAUCAAAGCAUGGAGAAUUUGGAGUUACUGUGGGAUUUGCUGUGGGAUGAGCCUGCCCUGAAAAGCAAUGAGCUUGUUAGCAGUAAAAAUCCUCUUGCCAUACAAAUGUUCAUAGCAAUGAAUAAAAAAGGGGAGAGAAAUCCAAAGCAGAGGUGGGUACAGGUCAGUUCAGCAGGGAGGUUCUUUAGCAUGCUGCUUCUAGCAAGCAUUCCGAAGGUAUUAGCUGGACAAUGCUGGUCAUUCAUGACAUUGUUGGUAGCUUCCAUGGGGCUGUAUUUCACCUGGUCUCCAUGUCCACCAAGGGUAGGUCAAGUAGCAAUCGGCGUAAUCUGCAGCAAAGGAGAUUCAGGUUAGAGUUUAGGAAAAACUUGCUAACUCUAAAGAUAAUGAAGUGCUGGAAUCAGUUACUGAGGGAGGUUGUGGAAUCACCAUCACUGGAGGUUUUUAAGAACAGGUGAGACAGACACCUGUCAGGGAUGGGCUAGGUAUACUUGGUCCUGCCUCCAUGCCGGAGGAUGGACUAGGUAAUCUCUUGAGGUCCCAGCCCUUCAUCUUUAUGCUUCUAUAGUUAGUGCAGGCAGCUCAAAAAGCAAUGUCUCCCCUUUUAAGAAAGCAAUGCGGAGAUUCCCAGCACCACCUACUGGCACAAGGGAAGAACACCACCACACCAAACCUGGGAGUUUUACUAGAGAACCAGCUGGACUGAUCUGUGAAUUUUAAUGUGGAUAAUGAGCAGUGUUUGUUUUUAACUGUCAUUGUUUGUUUCUUGGCAUAUUUUAUUUUUAAUAUUUUGCAAGUGUGAAAUUGGCAAACAACAAAUACAAAGAAUGGGAACAACAGGUUCAAUUUUAUUUUUAGUUUUAAGUUCAAACAUUCAAAUUCACCUGCUUUUCCCCCUUCAGUCAAUUCAGUGCUUCUGCAGAGUUCCUGGGGUGUUAUUCAGAAUCACCUUUACUGACUCAUUUAGAAACAGCUUCUAAUAAUUCAUCCCAAAAACCUGAUCAUGAACUUCAGAAUGUAAGAAACCUCACCACCUCUCUAAGGGCCUAAUCCUCAGCUGGUGUCACUCCACUGAAACCAAUGGAGUGAUGCUGAUUGACACCAGCUGAGGAUCUGAACCUACCACAACUGCAACAAUAAAACUUCUUAGCAAGCCCCAAGGAUCAAACCAAUGUCUCUGAGUUUCUGACCUCAGUAUGGGGAGACUGAGGAAGCUCUUUAGAGACAUGGGUGAAAUCAAUCACCCUGCAAUGUGUGUCAGUUCUGUUUAUUAUUUAUUAUAAUAGAGACAUUCUAGAUGUUUUAGAAGCUACUGCUAUUGGGAACUGAUCCCAAGCCCAAGGAAGUCAGUGGAAAGAUUACCAUUGACUUCAGUGGGUUUUGUGUCAGGCCCCUGUGUCAUUGCAAACAUUUAUGCAUAUGCUUAACUUUAUGUACUCUGAGAAGUUCCAUUGACUUCAGUGGGUUUAUGGGGGCAGCAGGGCUCGGGCAGGGGGCAGGCAAGAUUCAGGCAAGCAACAAUGCCAGAUGUGGUGAGAGGUGCAGGCCCUAAGGCCCUCCCUGCUGCACUAGAGCAAGGAAUGCUGGCGAGCGAUGUAUGAUUAAUUUCACCCACAGACAGGUGUGCUCACAGGGCGUGUGACUUUCAUCUGUAUUUCCUGUCACUCUAUUACUUAGCUAGCUCCCCAUCUCAUCCACCCUUCAUUUGUAAUUGGCCCAGGACAGCCCAGUUCUUUUCCCCCCUUAGCUUAGGAGGGAGCUAAUCUUGAUUGCCACAAGUACUCCUUUUCUUUUUGCAAAUCUUGAUUGUGAGCAUAUUCAUGGAGCAAGCUUUUUACAAACUUAGGGUUUAGAGAAUGCUUUCCAUCCUAAUUCUGACAAUGUCAGGGGAUGAAAUCCAUGUGGUUAUCUGUGUCUGAUAUUCUCAAAUUGUCCUAGAUUGUCUCUUCCUUUGGUAGUUGAAGUCCCAGCACCUGACCUGGGCUCCCCCCACCCCCCGGGUCAGUUAGAGUAAUGUAGAUUCAGUAGCUAUGGCUAGCUCCAUGCUGGGAGGGUAUAAAGUCCAGUGUAAGUGCUGAGCUGUAUUCUAGAGGCUUCAGAAAUACUGGUAGGUUCUGGGCAGUUCAAAUGAGUCCAUGUUGAGAGAGUGAUCCCAACCUCUUCUGUUAAAUCUGUUGUCUUUAGUUCCCCUGAAGAUCUCAAGUACCAGUCUGGCCUGCGAAAGGGAGGAGUUGUUCUCUUCAGUGUCCUGACUUUUCAGAUCUCCCUGCUUAAUUCAGGCGCUGUUUGGUGCCCAGGUGGAGUCCAUUCUAGAGCAGAAUGAGUUCAUCUCUCCUACUCCUGAGUCCGCGCUCUGAAGAAGAGAAACCCGUUGCUGUCUUGUGGGGCUGUGAGCUGAACACCAGCACCAGGAGGUGUGUGGUGAUGGAAGAAGAUGACUUCUUGGAACACCUGGUCUUACUGAAAACUAUCUGUCUCAGUGCAGAGGCCGAGGAUGAACCGCACGUGGUGGCAGUAGCUUCAAAAAACACCUACGGUGGCAACAGGCCAGUGCCCAUCGCUUCACUGAGACUCUCUGUCCUACCCAUGAUCAGUCUUGGUGGCUUUGAAUUUAUCCCUCCUGUUGCCUUUGAAUUAAAGUCUGGAACUGGGCCGGUUUAUCUCAAUGGACAACAUCUGAUCUUGGAAGAUGAUGCCAAAUGCGAAGCCAGAGGAGGAUGGCUAGCAGAGGAGUCGUUAUCUUUGGCGGUAGUGGAAGAAGAUACAGACAGGUCUGCUGAAGCUGUCCAGCCCCCUCCCGCAGUGUGUGUGGAUUGUACCAGCAGGACUCUGCCCCUGGAAAACUUCAGACUCUAAGCCAGGCUGUACCGCCCUGGGAUGGUUUAUCUCUGCUGCGGUAAAACUGCUGCAUCUCCUCACCUCCAGUGGCCUCUUCUU